AUUCCUUUAGAAUGAGUCUAUGGCCACUAUCAGGUGUUGGGCUUCCUCAGUACUAUUGAUGCUGGCUCUGUUAUUUGUAAGGGUCUCUAGCACUAGCUGUACCAGUAAUGGUGAGGGACCCAGGUGCUUCACAAGGAGAGGCCAGGGCAAGAAUCAGAGCACCUCUUCUGUGGCACUCACAUGCAGUCCAUUAAGCAAUGCAUGACAGGCAAGGUGUGGGGGUAGGCAGCCAGCGGUAGAACUGCAUAGUUGUGGUGUUCCUUUCUGCUACUGUAGGCAUGUCCACCCAAGUGUGGGACCUCAGACCAACCGCUAACUGCAGGCACUUGGUGACAGGAUAGUAGUAGCAAGACCCUCCACCCUCACUUCUGUCCUGUCUGGGAUAGAGCAGAACAAAGUCAAGGCAAAAUUCCUCCUGGGGCCUGUCUUGGCUGUGCACACUCAGGGUCAAGGCAAUGGGGUUGGGGGGGGCUUUUAUUCUAGGAUUGCUUUAGAUGUAAUGCCCUCCAUAGAACCAGCAAGAGUGAAUCACAUCUGCAGCCAAGCAAAAUUCCUUUCAGUGGAAGUGCAUGAGCAAGAGAAGAAUGCUCCAGGCAUCAGGCAAGCCACCCCGUCCCCUUAGACUGCAGGUACCUCAGCAAUUAGAGCUCCAGCAUUGCUCAAAGCUAUCCAGCAGGCCUCCAUAGGCAAAGCAGCAGUGGGACCCAUGGAGUUUUUUCCCUGCCCUGUUAGUGACAGGAGCCUGUUUGGGUGAGGGGGUGAGGGGUCCCUUCAUUUCAAGCACUUGAGUGAACCCCCAUGCUACUUAAUGAUCAUGCCCUUGGUUUCUAAGGGCAUCAUCCCCAGUCUCCCAGUUCUUGAGGGUAUUGUCUUCUGUUCUCAUGUCACAAACCCUGUUUAUGACAGUGUAGGACACACAGCAGGUUUGAAUCAUUCAUCUGCUGAGCCAUGUUUGGUUCCUGAGGCAGCUACCUACUAAGCCAGUGAAGUUGAAUGUCGAAGUUCCAGAAAUGUGAAUACAUUGGGGUUUCUAAUCCUUAAAGCAGUCCAAAGUCAGACAGUAGGUCUCUUCACAACAUGGCUCCUGAACUGCACCCUAUACAUUCUCUGGAAGAUAUUCUUUUAGAAAUGAGUUGCACAAUUGAGAAGGCACUUGCUGAUGCUAAAGCCCUUGUUGAAAGAUUGAGAGAUCAUGACGAUGCAGCAGAAUCUCUGAUUGAGCAAACCACAGCUCUCAACAAGCGAGUAGAAGCAAUGAAGCAGAUACUGUUAUUCUUGAUAGAAUUACGUACAUCCCUGGAAGAACAUCAGUCUGCAUUGGAACUUAUAAUGAGCAAGUAUCGAGAACAAAUGUUUAGAUUGCUCAUGGCUAGCAAAAAAGAUGAUCCAGGUAUAAUAAUGAAGUUAAAGGAGCAACAUUUUGGAAUUGACAUGGUACAUCGUAACAACUCCGAAGGAUUCUUCCUUGAUGCAUCUCGACACGUCCUUGAAGCACCUCAACAUGGACUGGAAAGGAGGCACUUGGAAGCAAAUCAGAAUGAGUUACAAGCACAUGUUGACCAGAUAACUGAAAUGGCAGCAGUGAUGAGGAAAGCCAUUGAAAUCGACGAGCAACAGGGUUGCAAGGAGCAGGAACGAAUAUUUCAACUUGAACAAGAAAACAAGGGCCUGAGAGAGAUCCUUCAAAUAACUCGAGAAUCAUUUUUGAACCUUAGGAAGGAUGAUGCAUCAGAAAGCACAUCUUUGUCAGCAUUAGUAACCAACAGUGACCUGAGUCUGAGGAAGAGCUGAAAGGGUUCCAAGUCUGGGAACUUUGUAUAUGACUCUAAACUAUCACAAAGACUGGCCUAUAAAUGAAUGAAUGAAGAGAAAACUCAAAUUCAAUCAACCCUUUUUUUUUUUCUCUAUAGUUUGUACAGUGCACUGGCUAAGUGUUAGCCAAAAAAAAAAAUGUAUAGUUCAUCAUAAACUUUAUUCCAAAACAUAAUGGAAAUAGAAACUGAGUCAUUGUUAAUUGGUGAACAAACAAAGGGUUUUCACAGUGAUGGCUGAAAAUAUCAAGAGCUUUCAGCAGUGCUAUUGGCUUUCUAAAUGAUAUACUUAGAUACACUUGACUUUUCCCAGUAAUUGUUUGGGAAUUCAUAGAAUUAUCCUAAUUUACGAUAUUUUGCCAUGGUUUUGUGAAUGGAAGAUCCUUAUACUCAAUUUAAUCCUUCCUGUUUGGUGUCAGAGUUAACAAAUAGGUUAUGUACCAUAAGACUUCAGCUUUAGUGAUUGCCUGUCUCCUUUCCCAUUAAUUUAAAAUUUUUUUGUCAAAGAAAAUUCAGGUUUAAAGGUUGCAGUAAUGUUUUACAUGUACCACAAAUAAAAGAGGAAAUUUAAUUAUAGCUAAUUUACCACAUAAAUGAUAUUUAGCUAACAAUUGUCCAUAACUUGCUAAAGAAUAUGAAAUAUUUCAGGAAUGAAAGAGAAGGAACAUUACUUUCUAAGAAAGAAGAUCUUAUAAAUAAACAUAUUUAGUAGGUUAAACUACUCCUCUGAAAGAAUAAGUUUUGGUUUUUAGUCAAUAAUAAAAACAAUUUUCUCUUUUCUGUUUGGUAUUUAAGGACCUCAUAUAUUUCAUUUACUUAACAAAGUUGAAAUGUUUCAUGUAGUAAAAUAGGUAUGGUAAUUUCAAAGUAAAUUCAAAAUUAUGGUUUACACAACCCUUUUUUAAGUAAUUAAGACACAGAAAAAGUAGACUCAAAUAUUUUAAAAAAAUAUAUUUUUAACUCCAUCUGCCUCAUUCCCUUAAGGUUUUUUUAGUUUGGUUUGGUUUUAAUAACUUUCAUUACUAAAGGUGGUUGGAAAUCUAUGGAUUUACAAGUAUUGGUUUUAUUAAAACAUGUCAAACAGUAAGUAGAUUUCUUUUUUAAAGCAAAAAGAUACAGAAACUUUGACACCAAUUGAAACCUAAAUUUUUCUUUAUUUUGUAGUGAUCAUAUAGAAUAAAAGGAUGAGUAUCAAAUAUUAUUAAAUAUACUUAUUUGUAUCACACAUUAAAAUUAACACAAAUAGAAAAUUCUGCUUAUGAGUAUAUAAUUUGUUAAAUAUCAUGUCAUGACAAUUAAGUAUAAUUUCAUAUAUUGGUAAAACUCAAAACUACUUUUCACUUUAGAAAUUUUCUACAUUAAAUUUGGGGAGAGAAGGGUAGACGGGGCUUACUGAUUAGAAAAGGGUUAAUAAUGGCCCAAAACAUUAAAUUUCUUUUUUCAUUCAGAGGCCUUAACUGAUACUUUAUAAAUAACAGUCUUUUAUUUUUAAACUUUUCUAUUUUUUUCAGAAAGUAGACCUUAAUUCAGUGGCACAUUCAAAUAGUUUUUAUCCCAAGUAAAAAUUAAAUAAGCUACACAGUUGAGAUUCUAAGGCAAUUCAUUAGGCAGCUGUAAUUAUAAACAUUACUUGAUAAAUAUUUUUGUAAACAGAUGAGUUAAUUUAUUCUUGGUGUUCUUGCUUGAAUAUGAUUUUAAGGUCUUGGGUGUUUGAAAGACUUUGUUUUUAAUGACAGUUUUCCAUCCCCUACACUCCCCCCCCCUUUUUUUUAAGAACCUCAAAUUUGUGUCUGAGAGUAUAUACUGCAUAGGAGACUAUUUUAUCAAUAAAGAUGAGUGAUUAAAUAUUG